UAAGCCCAGGUCCCCGCGGUAGGCCGGCGGUCCGCGGUCCUGCCUCGCGCCUUCCUAAGUUGAGCGGGUCCCCGGAGUGCGACGCGAGCUAGCGGGAGGGGACGGUGCGGCCAGUCGGUCGUGCGGUGACUGCAGCCACCUGCCCGAGCCCCGUGGCCCGCCCUCAGAUCCCAGCGAUGCGCGGCGGCGCCGCCUGGUCGCUGCUGCUGGCCGCAGCCCUGGGGCUCGGGGUGCGCGGGGUGCGCGCUGCGGUGGCCCUCGCCGACUUCUACCCGUUCGGCACGAAGCGCGGCGACGCUGUCACCCCGAAGCAAGACGACGGCGGCUCAGGGCUGCAGCCCCUCUCGGUGCCUUUCCCGUUCUUCGGCGCCGAGCACUCCGGACUCUACGUGAACAAUAAUGGGAUCAUCUCCUUCCUGAAGGAAGUUUCUCAGUUCACCCCCGUGGCCUUCCCCAUCGCCAAAGACCGCUGUGUGGUAGCAGCCUUCUGGGCGGAUGUGGACAACAGACGUGCAGGUGAUGUCUACUACCGGGAGGCUACUGACCCAGCCAUGCUGACUAGAGCCACGGAGGACAUCAGACAGUACUUUCCUGAGCUCCCGGACUUCUCUGCUACCUGGGUUUUUGUUGCCACCUGGUACCGUGUGACCUUCUUUGGAGGCAGCAGCUCUUCCCCCGUCAACACGUUCCAAACUGUGCUCAUCACUGACGGCCGGUUCUCCUUCACCAUCUUCAACUAUGAGUCCAUCUUGUGGACAACAGGCACACACGCCAGCAGCGGGGGUGACGCCGAGGGCUUGGGAGGCAUCGCAGCCCAGGCAGGUUUCAACGCAGGUGAUGGGCACCGCUACUUCAACAUCCCCGGGUCGCGCACAGCAGACAUGGCUGAGGUGGAGACCACCACCAACGUGGGCGUGCCCGGCCGCUGGGCGUUUAGAAUCGAUGAUGCCCAGGUGCGCGUGGGGGGCUGCGGCCAUACAACCUCUGUGUGCCUGGUUCUGCGUCCAUGCCUCAAUGGUGGCAAGUGCAUUGAUGACUGUGUCACAGGCAAUCCCUCCUACACCUGCUCCUGUCUCGCUGGCUUCACAGGGCGGAGAUGCCACCUGGAUGUGAACGAGUGUGCUUCCCACCCCUGUCAGAAUGGUGGGACCUGUACCCAUGGUGUCAACAGCUUCAGCUGCCAGUGCCCAGCCGGCUUCAAGGGACCCACCUGUGAAUUGGCCCAGUCUCCAUGUGACAACAAAGUAUGUCAAAAUGGUGGCCAGUGCCAGGCAGAGAGCAGCUCUGCAGUAUGUGUGUGUCAGGCUGGAUACACUGGAGCCACCUGUGAGACAGAUGUGGAUGAAUGCAGCUCUGACCCAUGCCUGAAUGGGGGAUCAUGUGUGGACCUGGUUGGAAACUACAGCUGUAUUUGUGUGGAGCCCUUCGAGGGACCUCAGUGUGAGACAGGAAGCUCCCUGGUGCCUUCGCCCUGCCUCUCCAACCCCUGCCAGAACGGGGGCACCUGUGUGGAUGCUGAUGAGGGAUACGUGUGUGAAUGCCCUGAAGGUUUCAUGGGCUUGGACUGCAGAGAGAGAAUCCUCAAUGACUGUGAUUGCCGGAAUGGAGGCAGAUGCCUGGGUGCCAAUACCACGCUCUGCCACUGUCCUCCAGGCUUCUUUGGGCUUCUCUGUGAAUUUGAAGUCACAGCCACGCCCUGCAACAUGAACACGCAAUGCCCAGAUGGAGGCUACUGCAUGGAGUAUGGCGGAAGCUACCUAUGUGUCUGCCACACAGACCAUAACAUCAGCCACUCUCUGCCAUCGCCCUGCGACUCAGACCCUUGCUUUAAUGGAGGUUCCUGUGACGCCCACGAGGACUCCUACACGUGCGAGUGUCCUCGUGGAUUCCACGGAAGGCACUGCGAGAAAGCCCGGCCACACCUGUGCAGCUCAGGGCCCUGCCGGAAUGGAGGCACAUGCAAGGAGACGGGCGACGAAUACCGCUGUACCUGCCCAUAUCGAUUCACUGGGAGACACUGUGAGAUUGGAAAGCCAGACUCCUGUGCCUCUGGCCCCUGUCACAAUGGUGGUACUUGUUUCCACUACAUUGGCAAAUACAAGUGUGAUUGCCCUCCAGGCUUCUCUGGACGUCACUGUGAGAUAGCCCCUUCACCCUGCUUCCGGAGCCCAUGUAUGAAUGGAGGUACCUGUGAGGAUCUAGGAACAGAUUUCUCCUGCCACUGCCAUCCAGGGUAUACAGGGCACCGGUGUCAGGCAGAGGUGGACUGUGGUCACCCUGAGGAGGUGAAGCAUGCUACCAUGCGCUUCAACGGAACUCGCAUGGGCUCAGUGGCCCUGUACACAUGUAGCCCCGGCUUCAGCCUGAGUGCCCUCAGCCAUAUGCGUGUCUGUCAGCCACAAGGUGUCUGGAGCCAGCCUCCCCAGUGCAUUGAAGUAGAUGAGUGCCGGUCUCAGCCAUGCCUGCAUGGAGGCUCCUGCCAGGACCUGGUUGCUGGUUACCAGUGCCUCUGCAGCCCGGGGUAUGAAGGAGUCCACUGUGAGCUAGAGACAGACGAGUGCCAAGCACAGCCCUGCAGAAAUGGAGGCGCCUGCAGGGACCUUCCCGGGGCUUUCAUCUGCCAGUGCCCUGAAGGUUUUGUUGGAAUCCACUGUGAAACAGAGGUGGAUGCCUGUGCCUCCAGCCCCUGCCAGCACGGAGGCCGCUGUGAGGACGGUGGUGGGGCCUACCUGUGUGUGUGUCCAGAGGGCUUCUUUGGCUACAACUGUGAGACAGUGAGUGACCCCUGCUUCUCUAGCCCCUGUGGGGGCCGCGGCUACUGCUUGGCCAGCAACGGGUCCCACAGCUGUACCUGCAAAGUGGGCUACACAGGCAAGGACUGCACCAAAGAGCUCCUCCCACCAACAGCCCUCAGGGUAGAAAGGGUGGAGGAGAGUGGGGUCUCCAUCUCCUGGAGCCCACCUGAGGGCUCCACGGCCAGGCAGGUACUGGAUGGCUAUGCGGUCACCUAUGCCUCCUCGGACGGAUCUUCCCGGCGCACCGACUUCGUGGACCGGAGCCGCUCCUCUCACCAGCUUCGGGCCCUAGCAGCCGGUCGUGCCUACAAUAUCUCCGUUUUCUCAGUCAAGAGAAACACGAACAACAAAAAUGACAUCAGCAGGCCUGCAGCACUGCUCACCCGCACCCGACCCCGCCCUAUUGAAGACUUUGAGGUCACCAACAUUUCAGCCACUGCCAUCUCAGUGCAGUGGGCUCUUCACAGGAUCCAGCAUGCCACCGUCAGCAGGGUCCGAGUGUCCAUCCUCUAUCCCGAGGCCUCUGCGGUCCAGUCCACUGAGGUGGACAGGAGUGUGGACCACCUCACAUUUGGGGACCUGCUGCCAGGGAGAAGGUACAGUGUGAGGCUAACCACCCUCAGUGGGCCUGGAGGAGCCGAAUAUCCUACUGAGAGCCUGGCUUCAGCUCCGCUGAACGUGUGGACCCGACCUUUGCCUCCAGCAAACCUGACUGCCUCUCGAGUCACAGCUACCUCUGCCCAUAUGGUCUGGGACAACCCUGCUCCAGGUAUCUCACUGGAGGCUUAUGUCAUCAAUGUGACCACCAGUCAGAGUACCAAGAGCCGCUACAUCCCCAAUGGGAAGCUGGUGUCCUAUACGGUGCGUGAUCUGAUGCCAGGUCGACGGUACCAGCUCUCAGUUACAGCUGUGCAGAGCACAGAGCAGGGCCAGCUGCACAGUGAGCCUGCGCACCUCUACAUCAUCACCUCUCCCAGGGAUGGCACUGAGAGACGCUGGCACCAGGGAGGACACCAUUCACGGAUGCUUAGAAAUAGGCCAGCCCCUGUGCGCCUGCCAGAGCUGCGCCUGCUCAAUGACCACAGUGCCCCUGAAACACCAACUCAGCCACCCAGGUUCUCAGAGCUUGUAGACGGAAGAGGAAGAGUGAGUGCCAGGUUUGGUGGCUUGCCCAGCAGAGCAGUAACUGUGAGAUCACAACCCACCACCCCGGUGCCGCUCAAGAACACAGAGGCCCCUGAGCAGGUCCAUCUGGCCCUCCAACUACCCAAGAACAGCAGCAAAGACACAGAAACUAGCCCUGGCAGCUGUUCAGAAGACGUCUGUCAGAAUGGAGGCACCUGUGUCCCCGGUGCCAGUGCCCACAGCUGUGACUGCAGGCCUGGGUUCAAAGGCAGACACUGUGAGCUUGCCUGUGAAAAAGUGCCUCGCCCCUGCACACGGCUGUUCUCUGAGACCAAGUCAUUUCCUGUCUGGGAAGGAGAUGUCUGCCACCAUGUGUAUAAGAAAGUCUACAAAGUUCACCAGGACGUGUGCUUUAAGGAGCGCUGCCAGAGCACAAGCAUCAAGAAACCCAAACAGGAAACAAAGUAACAGCCAAACACUGAGGAAAUCUUAAGGUACAUUCUCCUUCAAACUAAGAUCUGUUGAGAACUGGAGACGCCAUCACACCCAGCACCUUGGACACCAAGGUCCUUUAUCAGACACCGACAGCGCAAACUCAGCGCUGUGCUGUUAUGGAUCCAACCAGGAAGGUUCCAGAAUUCCCUGUCUCCAGCCUCCCAGUAGACAUAGCCUGGUCUGACCUUGCAUAAGAAUCUACUUUCAGGUGGAAAUGACUCUCUGGGGGAGGAACAAAUGACUCUUUCGAGGGAAAUGCAGACCAGUUACAAUGAGGCACAAGAAUCACCUGGCCCCUCAGGACCAUGGGCCUGGGUGGUAGAUGGAUCAAGGAUCCCAAACAAUCUUAGGGGUGGUGGAAAGGACCUAAGGAAGUACCCCCACGCCCUACGAACAGCAUUCUACCGGUAGAAUGGGGUGGGAGCUUUGUCAUGUAACCUGCAGGUGAUCCUAAAUAUAGCCUCUCACUGGGAGAGCUAGAGUGGAUCCUGCAAUUCUAAGCACUAAUAACCCUGAAAUCAAAGGAACUUUGCCUGUUUGAUCCAGCAUGCCCCGCCCCACCUCCCUAAUCAUAAACUGUGAGAUGUUAGAGGGCAUUGGAUUUUUUUUUUCACAAUAGUCUGGAAAAUACUGGGUUACACUACAGAAAUCCCUGUAUAGCCUGAACUCGGCCCCACACUGACUUACUGACGGGACAUCAAUUGGAAAUGACAGACUGGCUGGCUGGAGACAAUUUACUCCUCUCCCUUGGAGGAGCCAGAACAGUACAUCUCUCCAGUGGUGGAAGAGAGGUCUACCUGGAAACCUGCCGCUUCGGGAGUGACUAUCACCUUUUUUUCUACAGUGUAGGACAUGAGGGAGAAAUGUCACCCCGUGGCCUAAGAACAAACAAAAGCAAUGGAGUGCUUGGCGAAGGCCUCCUAAGAUAAAGUGCCAACAGGAAUAGGCAGGGUGUCGGCAUAGACUGAGCUCAGGACAUCAGGAGAGCAGGCUCUCAGACAGGCCUAAGCAGCAGAGCCUGUGCAUCCUGACCAGUUCAGAUGUGAAAACUCUGCGGGAAGAGCAGUUAACAAGACUCGAAUCCCGGCUACUCAGCAGCACCAGCUUUUCACCCCAGCCCCGAGAAUGUACACAAAACACCUGUGAUCGAUCAACUUAAUUCUGGCAAUGAUCAAAAAUCCACAAAUUUUUUGGUUUUAAAAUAUUUAUAUGGCAAUAAGUCACUUAAAGUAUUAAUGAAUCUUUUAAGAACUCACUCAGAAAACCCAUUUUUAUAAAAAAUAAACGAGAAUCCCUAGAUAAUGGCUUAUAGAAUGCCUAUUCUCAGAGCAACACACAUCACACACAUCCCUUCUCUUUCUCUCUGAAGAAAAACACCAGACUUCACCAUCCACAGCUGCCCUGAGGAAAAGAGCAGUGCCAUCCCCGCCAAAAGAAAGGCAGCAGAGGAGCGGCAAGCAACCUACUGACUCAAAUGUAAAGCCUCAGGCUGGGUGCAAGUGUGUUCCCUUCCACAGCCAGCUGGAAUUCCGGCUCCUUCCUUCUGGCUCCUUCCUGCUCUUUCCGGCUCUGAGGGGACAGUGCCUGCUGCCUCCAGAGAAAGACAGUGCCUCAGCUCACUGUUACUCCUUCAAAAGGACCAGCAUGUGCUGGUAACACCGCCCACCUCCAGGAUUUCCAAAACCCAGGAAAAUGAGGUCCAAAACUUAAAAGCCAAGCUCCUGGCUGUUAGCGGUCUCCUGAGGUCUCUAUCCUCAGACUUCGUGCACACCCAAGGCCUCCUGCUGGGGCAGCACUAAAGCACCUGUCACCUCAGCCCGGUCUGCUCUUUCUGCAGCUCUGGUCAGCUCCUCUGUGGGGAGUUACCUCGGUUGCCAGGCUCUGCGAGUGAUACUUCUGUGCUCAGAAACCCACCCCCAGAUCCCAGUGCCAGAGAAGUGACCCCAGAAUCCCCAAAACAUGGAAAAGACUCAGCUUUCACAAGAGAUGCAAAAAAGGCCGUGUGGAAAUAGGUGGCCUCUACCCUGCUCCUCUCCUCAUUUAUACUGACCUAUAAGUGCUAAUUACUACUAUGGUAGAGUUUAGACACUUGGUCUACAGCUCAGGGGUGGCAGGGCAAGCAGAUGCUCAGACAGGAUUUGGGCUUCGCAGAUGGAAUGACCUCUCUGGCACAUACCCAACCCUGCUACUGUACUGCCAACACCAUCACAGAUAUAGAUAGCAGAGCUAUAUUCCAAUGAAACUUCAUUUACAAAAACAGGCAGUAAGCCAUAGUUGGCAGGUACCUGGUUUAUAAGAUGAUCUGGACCUCAGCCUUCUGUUGAGAAUGCCAUCCUAGCCAUCAAGACAUGAAAAAACCCUAAACUUUCAGAGAAGAAAAGCAACGCAAAUCCGUGCUCAGGAGCUGAAUAGAGCAGCAAGAGCCGUCUGUUCAAACCUGAAGGCAGCGCACAGUGACACAGGAUAGGCCAGCUCCGGAGGCAGUCCAAGGUUUCUUGUAAUCUGUGCCUCGAGUACAUGGCUGUGGGCCACCAAAAUGAAAAUAUUUUACACAGCCUCCACUUUCCAUCCCACUCCCAAAGCUCUAAGCAGCUUUCUCCUCCCUGCAUUGAUGUCAAAUCAGAAAUGCCAACCACACCUUGAUUUCUUGAGAGCAGAGCUGACUGGAGAUCCAGCACCAAGAACUGCAUCCCGACCAGAGGCCUCCUGUCCUCCAUAGUUCAUAAAAACAUACUUUGAACCAUAACCUUUUAGGUUUUAUUCUCACUAAAAAAUUCUGAGCCUAUGUAUUACAUAAUUUUUUUUCCCUUUUUCAAGGAGAGGCAGUCACAUCAAAAACUCACUACUGUACCUUAGAUACCCACUAGAGAUCUGGAGACCGCAUAAGCUACAGUGUUACCAGUGAACAGCAAGAUCAAGUGGCAUCAUGGAAACGGAGAUGGAAUCUUUGUACUACACGCAGGACUCUCACCCACCAGGCCAAUGCAGCCACAUUCCCAUUCCCGUCUCAGGACUCUCACCCACCAGGCCAAUGCAGCCACAUUCCCAUUCCCGUUGGAGUCGGUGUUUCAAAUGAGAGCCAGCCUGCUGAGUGUGGCACUGUUGGGCAAUCGUUCCAACAUGGAUCGUUCCAACAUGGCAUGGGAGAGAUUUGUCAGUGCUGAGGAAUUAGUCUACAUCAUUCCAAAGGCUUUCUUACACGCCUUUCUUAUGCAGAAAAAUCAAAUCCCUCCAAACAGUCACUGUCCACGGGAAAUGUCAGGAUGGAAUCAGCAGACAAGGUGGAGAUUUAUUUUGUGUCAAACUGAAGCAAUCAUGAGUUGUUGGGCUCACCAUUUGCUAAUCAAAACUGAAGAUAAGCAGAUUACCUAAUUGAGCUCAUGGUUCGGGUUCUCUGCAGUUCUGAUGGAGCCUAAGGCCAAACACCCUACAUUCAGGGAAAAUGGAGAUCACCUCAAGGCCACAAAGUGGAAGAGGAAGCAGCACAGAAUGGAUCAUUGUUCUCCAACAGCUUGUCCACAGCCAAGAACAGGCACAAGGCACUGCCCUUCUCUACUGCCUAAGGGAUGUCUGGGUAGAUAGGAUGGCUUGCUGCAUCCUGCCUGUGGAGAGUCCAGCAGGCCAGGACAUGCCCUUCCCAGGAAUGAGCCUGCCUCACAUACCAUCCAUAGUGAGAACUCUGUGUGGUGGAUCUUGGAAUGACUCUUUUCUUUGUGAAUACCCUCCUCUUUGCAGUCAGGCUCCAGGUAAGUCAAAAGUCUCCUCACCUUGGUGCUGGUUCCUCACAAAAUACACCUCAGAACCAGCAAGAUCUAUACUUUAGACAGAAACAAAUACAUUGGGUCCACUUACAAUCCACAUUAGUUGUAGUCACAGUACUUUUGUGGGCCAGGUCUUUGAUCAGUUUCUCAGCUUUGGCAUUGCUUUGUGGACCUAAUUAUUCAUGUGCAGUACAAUGCACAAUAUUUUACAGCAACCUGGGCUCUGACCACAAGAUCCUGAGGCCCUAACAUAUAAACAACAUCCCCAAAGAUUGUCAGAUGUCUGGAGUAUCAAGGUCAUCCUAAUGUAAACACUGGAUUCCAAACUGGGCCAAACACAAGGCCCACAUCGAGGUUUCGUGUAACUGUUAAAUGUCACCAAAUGGGGAAAAUGUACUACCAAGCACUCCUGACUUUGGUCCCACCACCAAAAGCUUUCUGCAUCAGCCACCCGGUGCAGUUUCCUGAGGAAGAACCACAGACAACUUUCCAGGAGGCCUCUGACCCUGAGCUCCGUCAAAGCAGGCCUCUCCUCGAGCUCACCUCACCCUAGUCCCAGUACAUCACCAUACUCCUCAAUGCUUCCCAGUGUUCCCCAGUACUGGUCUCUGAGCAGCUCACUCUUUAGCACAGGCUACAGAGCCAGUGAGAUAGGAGGCCUUGAAGUGGCAACCAGCCAGGAACUGACAUGAAGGCCAACCUAUCCAAGCAGAAAGGGUCAGCAACUGUCAGAGAAGCAUUUUGCUAGUCUGAUGACUGUGUAACUAAAGAACAUAUUGCUAACCAACUGCCUCUCACUCUGCUGUGCACUCAACAUGUCAGAAGGCCGGGGAAUGGUGUUAGAUUAAGAACAUGCCUAUUGUGUGGAAAACCUGCUACUUGUUUCAUUAAAUAAAGUGCUAUGACAUACUAA